AUGGUGAGAAGAAAGAGAUCUCGAUCAGAUUCAAUAGACAUAAAAACAAAUAAAUUUUCUUUCGAUUAUCAUGUUUGUGAUUUGAAAAAGAAAAGUAAAUCAGGAGACGAUGGUCUUCCUCCUUUGUCACCAAGUGCCAGUUUUGGACAGAAAUUUAGGAGGUUUAUCCAGAAAAAUGUCAUACUUAACACAAGACAUCCCGAAACAAAACUCCACUACAGGAGCCAAGCUGCCUUGACAAGAGAAAUAACCAGGCAUGUCAACUCCAAAUACUGGUACAUCAUCCAUCCAUUUAGUAGAUUCAGGUUGAUUUGGGAGAUGAUAAUCUUCGUAGUCCUCCUAAUGUCCCUAACUUUGGCGCCCUUCAUGCUCGCCUUUUACAAUCUGGAGUACCUCAGGGGAGCCUCAACAGUCGAUUUCAUGUAUGUAGUUUAUACCAUAAAUGAUUUCAUCCUGAUCCUGGACAUUGUCAUCAGCUUCAACACAGGAAUACAGCAUCAUGCCACCAAAUUCGUGUCUUUGGACGCCAAAGAAAUAGCCUCAGAUUACAGUCGAAGUCGAUUGACUUUGGAUUUGAUAACAUCUGCACCCUUUCAUAUUGUAUAUCUGCAACCCGAUGGUCAAGGUUUGUUGAAUUUGCUUGCAGAAUGCACGGAUGUACUGAUGAUUUUUAGGAUGCACCAGUUGCUUAAGAAUUUUGGAAACAUAGUACAGAUUAUGUUUCAAGAUAGUACAGUGACCAGGAUUGCAAAAUUGGUGGUACGUACUUUGCUGAGCAUCCAUUGGGCAGGAUGUUUAACCUACUAUAUACCCAAAUUUUUUGAAACAAUCGACAGACAAGGUAGCAAAGAUAGUUGGCUCAAUAAUUAUGAAAUUGAGACUGAUAAUAUUGCUGUAUCCACGUGGAGCAGAUAUGUGUUCUGUAUGUACCAUGGAGUGUCUUUGUUCACAGGAGGUUCUACAGCAUUUUCCUCAACUUCCAUGUACGACAAAUACAUGAGCUGCAUCAUCAUAAUUUGGGGAACAGCCCACCACAUGAACGUUUUUGUUAUCAUUCUCCAAAUAAUGAUCGGUAUAGACGCCUCCCAAGCCAAAUACGUGGAAGUGCUAAAUCAGCUCAAACAGUUCAUGAGAAACAAACAUCUAUCAGUUGUUGUUCAGAAGAAAAUAAUGGCAUAUUUCGAGUAUAGGUUCCAGAAAUAUUAUUUUCAUGAACAUGCCAUCAUGGCAACUUUGUCAGAAAAUCUGCACAAGGAAAUAAUUUUACACAGUUGCAGAGCUCUUGUUAGUAACGUGGAGCUGUUUCGAGGACUUCCUAAAGCUGUUAUAGGAAAUAUAAUUGGAUACCUAAAACAAGAAAUUUUCCUAACCCAUGACGUAAUCGUCAAAGCUGGUUCCAUUGGAACCAGCAUGUACUUUUUGUCCUGCGGGACAGUUGCUGUAAUUUCACCAUUGGGAAAAGAGUCUUCAUUUUCAUUUUCUAAUGUUUUCCAUAAUCAAAUAUCAACAAUUGUCAUUUAA